AAAACAAAACUUCAUGCGGGAAUGUGUUUGAUUGAUAACUAAAUUGAAUGAAUGGUCAGAAUGGUGAAAAGUAAAAUUGGAACUGUGUGUAAGAUUUUUUGAAAUUUUCGUGUAUAUUUUAUUUGUGCUAUUAUGACAUUUAGUAUUGCUAACGAUUCGUAUGUAUCAUAUUGAUAUCGUUAUUCAAUUAUUUUGCAAUUGAAGUAAAUUUCUCAGUGUUUCUUGAUUAAGUUCGUGCGAUUAAAAUAAUUACGCAUUUCGGUAACGCUAUAAAAUGGAGACAAUUAUGCAAGUGUUUACGGAUUUUCAAGAAAAUCUCGAUCGUGAACAGAAUACCAGGGAAGUGAUAAAGAAUACUACCAAAGAAAUCGAAGAAAAUAGUCGUAAAAUCAUAACUCUUCUUCAAGUAAUUCAUCAAGAAGAAGGAUCGCAGCAAAUUCCGGUAGCUUGUGCAAAAUGUAAAUCAAUUUUAGAAGACGACGUUAAACCUGCCUAUAUCCAGUUAUCUAUGCAGAUAGAAAAAGGAAUGUAUUACAAAUACAACGAUUACUGGAAAAUAGCUUCUCAGAAGUUGUGUUUUUCUAUUGCUCUUAUCAAUUACUUGGAGAAAACGGUGUUAAUUUCUCAUGAAGAAGUUGCUUCGGUGUUGGGUUUAGCUGUAAAUGAGAAGGAGGGCUUUCAUUUACCGAUUGAAGAUUACUUAUUUGGUCUGUUGGCGUUGGUUAGCGAAUUAUCGAGAUAUGCUGUGAACGCUGUCACGAAUGGCGAUUAUGAGAAACCAAUGCAAAUAUCGCAUUUUGUAUCUGAGAUUAAUGCUGGAUUUCGUUUGUUGAAUCUGAAGAAUGAUGCUUUACGUAAAAGAUACGAUGUUUUGAAAUACGAUGUCAAAAAAAUAGAAGAAGUUGUGUACGAUCUUUCUAUCAGAGGGUUAAAAACUCCUAAUACCGAAGGCAAAAAUUAACCGUGCUCAUGAGUUCCAUUUUUGAGGAAUUGUGUUUUCUAAAAUAAAUAUGCUUAAGCGUUUUUGUUUUAUUUUUCGGAAUAAAUAUUGCUUUCAGUUUUGUA